AUGAGUGAACGAAUACCUAUCCAAUCAAAAAAAAAAAUAUUUCCAGUAAAAGUGACAGUAACGUCAAAUGAAAUACCGAUGAAAGUUGAUGUAAAUGAUAAAGCAGCUGUGAUGAUGUUACCCAGUUGGAGUAUGAUCUUGAGAAUGGAUUAG